AUGCCAUAUAUCGGCGGAAACAAUUGGAUUGCUCACUAUUGCAAUAUUAAGCUCAUCGAGGGAGUUCGUCUACACCCAUGUGUCUACGACACGAGGAAGCUCGAAUACCGCGACACGGCCAGGAAAGACAAUGCUUGGGAGGCCAUCCGGGAGCUGUGCGGUCUCCCCACAGUUGGAGACUGCCAAAAACUGUGGAAGAGGCUGCGUGACCGCUUCACGCGUGAAACCAGGGCCCUGGAACUCACGAAGCGAAGCGGCAGGGGGUUCGUCGCCAGGCACACCUGGGAACUCAUGCAGGCCAUGGAAUUUUAUAAAAACUGUGGCCGUCCUAAAAAAACGGCGUGCAACCUGGACACGAGACCACUAGCAAUGGACGCCGACGGGGAUGUCGCGGCAGAAGACCUUUUUUAUUUGAUCCAGAGUGGCGCACCGUCGCCUUCUGAGGACAACUGCAUUGAUUUGGAGCAGGUGGAAGUGGGCCAAUCAUAG